AUGACAGUAAACUAUCAGUUAGACGUAUCGUCUGGAAAUCCUUUACUGUUUUUGAAGCUACUGAGUCGGUGGAGAGGUUCCAUCUGGAAAUCUGUUGCAGGUGACUUGGCGGUAUGGCUAGUUUUCUAUUACGCGGUACACUUUACAUAUCGGUAUGCGUUCAGUGCUGAAAUAAGAACAAUUUUUGAAAAAGUAUCCGUACAUAUGGAUGAUCGAAUGAAAUACCUACCACUUACAUUUAUGCUCGGAUUCUUUGUGACAACAGUUUUCGAAAGAUGGAGGAGUGCUCUGAAUGUGAUGCCAUUUAUUGAGUCUGUUGCACUCUCUGUAGCAGUUUUGUUGCCCGGGAAAGGAGAAGAAGAUCGACUGACGAGAAGGGCAAUUAUUAGAUACGUGGUGUUGCAUCAGGUAUUGGUGUUCCGUGAUAUCUCGAUGAGAGUUCGUCGACGCUUCCCCACACUUCAAUACGUUGUGGAUGCUGGUUUCAUGGAACCUGAAGAGCGAGAUGAACUGGAGGCAGUCUGUUGUAGUCCGGGACAGAAUUAUUGGGUUCCGAUCAACUGGGCAAACUCGUUAGCCUUAGAUGCUCAUUCUAGAAAACUUAUUGAUCAACCAACUGCAUUUAAUAAUCUGGUUUUGGCUAUCAAGGAAUUCAGAGUUGCAAUGGAGACUCUGAUCAAGUUCGACUCCAUACCGAUACCUAUUGCUUAUCCACAAGUAGUCUUCCUUGCUGUCCGUGUCUACUUCACAAUUUGCAUUAUCAGUCGUCAAUUCUUGAUAUCCGAUCUGAAAUCGAAAACUCAAAUGGAUUGGCCUAUCCCAAUUAUGUCGAUACUGGAGUUCAUUUUUGUUAUCGGUUGGAUGAAAGUGGCAGAAGUUUUACUAAAUCCUCUCGGGGAGGAUGACGAUGAUUUUGAAGUAAAUUGGAUUAUUGACAAAAAUAUUUCGACUGGCAUGGCAAUCGUCGACGAUACACACGGAUACCAUCCAACUCUGGUAAACGACAAGUUUGCGGAUCCAAACUAUCUUCCUGCCUACUCCGAGAAGAGUCAACUGCCGAGAACGCUGACAGGAUCGGCGGCUAAAGUGGAACUUGCCGCUGAGAGUGAUGCAGUGAAAAUAGUGAGGGUGAAUCCCGAAGAUGCACCUCCGACUAGUGCCAAACAACCGGACAGACCUGGCCUAGAAACGUUGAAUGAAGAAAAUGAGCCAGCAUCCAAUCAUUUCCGUCGUGGUGACAGAAUAUAUUCAUCUGAUUCGGGUAAAAGCAAAGGAAGGCAAAGUUCGGAGGAUAGUGGGAAGAAUCAGGUUUGA